AUGGACCUGAGAUUGUAUGAGGCCGCUCAAACUGGAAACAUCAGCUACUUUCACCAAUUGUUAACAGAGAAUCCUCUAAUCCUCCACAACACUUCCCUGUUCUCUACUUACAAUCCACUGCAUAUUGCCUCAUCAACCGGACACGUUGACUUUGUUAAGGAGAUUAUUAAGUUAAAACCUGAAUUUUCCCAAGAAGUUAAUCAAGAUGGAUUUAGCCCUAUGCACUUGGCUGCUGCAAAUGGGCAUGUUGAAAUUGUAAAGGAGCUUAUGAAAGUUGAUGAUAAGAAACUUUUCAGGGUGGAGGGCAGAGACAAGAAAACACCUCUUCACCAUGCAGCUAUUAAAGGAAAGGUUGAUGUGAUUAGUGAAACUGUUUUGUGUGAUGCUGAUUGUCUAGAAGAUUUGAGUGUUCAAAGAGAGAAUGCUUUGCAUCUUGCUGUUAAGAAUAAUCAGUUUGAGGUCACAAGGGUGUUAGUGGAUUUGACAAGAGAGGUGGACAAGGAACAUGUCUUGAACAUGUUAGAUGACUAUGGCAAUACACAUCUGCACCUUGCUACCUGGAAAAAACAAUGGCAGGUAAAGGAAAUUUUGAUUCUUGCAGAUAAUGAAUUGUUGAUUGGAGAAGGAACCACUAAGUCUCAAGUCUUGGAAGUGAAUGCCAUUAACAAGACUCAUCUCACUGCCCUGGAUUUACUAACGAUUUUCCCAAGUGAAGCCGGUGACAGGGAACUUGAGGAGAUCCUCCAAGGGGCUGGAGCUCUAAGGGCAAAAGACAUUGCCGUCUCUGCCAAUCCUUCCUCCAAAUCUGGUGAUUCUGCUGCAAACAUGCAUGCAACAGCCCAGAGGUGUCAAUCCAGAUCAAAUGGGAUACUUGAGUACUUCAAGUUCAAAAAAGGUAGAGUCCCAAGCGAAGCCCGUAGUACACUGUUGGUUAUAGCCAUUUUGGUAGCAACUGCAACUUUCCAAGCAGGACUUAGUCCUCCAGGAGGCGUUUGGCAAGAUAACAAUGUUAGUGGAAGAAACAGUAGCACCAGCGUUGACAGAGAACACUUUGCAGGGUGGUCUAUUAUGGGCACAACCAAUGGGGUUACAUUUAUCCUCUUUGUUCUCUUCAACUCAAUUGGGUUUUCGGUAUCUCUUUUCAUGAUCAAUAUCCUCACCAAAAAUUUCCCUUUGCAGUUUGAGCUUCAAGUCUGCAUGGCUGCUAUGUUUUUCACAUACAACACUGCGAUGUUGGUCAUUGCACCUGAAAGUGUAAAGCACUACAUCAUUAUAUUCACCUAUAUCUUUUCAACAACUACCCUGCUUCUAACCAAAUGGCUUAGACAGCUGACCAUGAAACUUGCUGGAGUAGUAAAAGUUGUAACUGAUAUGAUUCGGAAAGUGAUCCCAUGGGAUUACGGACAGGGAGAAAGUAGAAUCGCAAAUUGGAUUCCCUGUGUUUUUUUUACUCUAUAA